AUGAGUAUACUACGCUACCAGAGCCGGAUCUCCAAGCACGCCAAGAAGGACCCACACGCUGCACCCCCACGGAAGGGUUUCAACACCAGUCCGUGGAGAAGUACAGCAGUGCGCCCAGGCACCCCACCAAGUCUUGUGGAGGAUAUGAGUGCUCCGGAACUUUCUUCUGCAAUGAAUUUUGGAAGUACCAAAACAUAUAACAUUCCUGUUGAUCACCUUGAGUAUAGUUUUAUUGAGAAGUGUACAGAUGUCAAACACUUGGAAAAUAUAUUGCAGAUUCUCAGGUCUGGAGAAGAAGGACAUUACCCAAAUUUAAUAGACUUUUGUGAAAAGCGAAUUGAAAGUUUAGCUCCUCAAAGUCGUGCUCUUCGAAAAGAUAAACUUCCUGCAAGUGCAGCUGACUUCUCCUGUGAAGAAUGGCGAGACAUUCAGAAUGACCUUAAGAAUUGGUUGACUGAAAUAAAUGCAGAAAAGCAGCAGGAGUCUGUGAUUCAGCUGAGCAGUGAAAAUGCUCUACCGAUCCGGAGUUACUCCAGUGAUGCCAGUGGGGAUAAGUAUACAAAUAAAGAAAAUGAAUCAAUGAAAAGCAAGACCCCACGUGAUUACAGGGAUUGGGAUAGAUUUGAUGUAGAAAAGGAAUUGUCUAAACUUGAAGAGAAUUCUGAAGAAAAAGCUGUGUCACUAUCUGUAAAAAAAUCUACAUCAAACAUUGAAAAGGUUAUAAAAACAGAAGGUUUAAGUCCAGAACAAAGAUGUUUUAUUGCAGAGCAUGAGAAAGACAAAGGGAAUGAGGCCUUCAGAAGUGGUGACUAUGAGGAAGCUGUGACCUAUUACAGUCGGAGUAUAUCUGUCUUACCAUCAACAGCUGCCUAUAACAACAGAGCCCAAGCUGAGAUAAAACUUGAGAAUUGGCACAAUGCUAUGAAUGACUGUCAAAAAGUGCUGGAUACAGAGCCAGGCAAUUUGAAAGCUCUUUUACGGCGCGCUACUGUAUACAAAAACUUGUGCAAUUACCAAAGUGCAGCAGAAGACCUAAAGAUUGUACUGCAUCAGGAACCUGGCAAUCCAUCAGCAAAGAAGACACUGGAUGAGAUUAAUGAACUGCUGCAGAAUACGGAACAUAUUGCACCAAGGAAAGGAAAGAGGAUGAUCAUACAGGACAUUGAAGGUUCAGAUGAAGAAAAUGAAGACAAAAUCCUCAACUCUGUCAAAGGUAGUGAAAUAAUAAAGAUAUUGACAAAACAUCACUCCUGUAACUUCCUUGUAGAAACCGGUAUGACAGUGGGAGGAGAGACUGCAGUUAAGCUGACAGAAAUGGGGAAUGCACAGAAAAAGUUUUCUCCUAAGAAGAACUGUCAUACGAGUGAAGCAUGUUCAUCUCCCAAACACAGUAAAACAGGCACUCAGAAUGGGCUACAGAAAAGCUCCAACCACGGAGACCAGGCAAAGAAAGAAUCUAAAGAGAAUGGGAACCAGAAACAUACAGCAGAAUCUGGAGCUGAGAUCAGACACAAGGAUGUGAGCGGGGAAGUCAGACCAUCACUAGUGAACCUCCCCCUGGCAGCAAGAUUAAAAGCAGAAGGGAACCAGCUCUUUAAGAAUGGGCAGUUUGGAGAGGCUGCGGUUAAAUACUCAGAGGCUAUAGAAAGCAUAAAUAACAUGGGUGAGAGCGCUGAGGAACUGGGGGUCCUGUAUUCGAACCGAGCAGCGUGCCACCUCAAGGAUGGGGACUGCAGAGAGUGCAUUGAAGAUUGUAACCAGUCUCUGGAACUCCAACCAUUCUCCAUUAAACCUCUUUUGCGUCGAGCAAUGGCAAAUGAGUCUCUUGAGCGAUACAGACAAGCAUACGUGGACUAUAAAACUGUACUGCAAAUAGACAGUGGGGUGCAGGUAGCACAUGACAGUAUCAACAGAAUUACAAGAACAUUAAUGGAUCAAGAUGGGACCACAUGGAGAGAAAAACUACCCCCAAUUCCAGUGGUACCAGUGUCUAUUCAGUUAGAGCGUCAGAAGGGGAUGUCUGUUGCUUCAAGCAAUGUCCAACCAAUCAACUCCAGCGAAAAUAAAUCGCCACAAAAUGUUACUGGUGAAACAGCCCUGGAAACAUUUUUGUCUCUAAAAAAGAAAGGAAAUGACUAUGUGCAGAAAGGUCAAUACAGUGAGGCUGUGAAACAGUAUACUGAAUGCCUGAAGAUAAAUUCUGAAGAAUGUGCCUUGUACACUAAUCGAGCCCUGUGUUACUUGAAACUCAGCCAGUAUGAAGAAGCCAGACAGGACUGUGAAUGUGCACUGCAGAGGGAAGCGUCUAACAUCAAAGCCCUAUACCGGCGGGCACAGGCCUACCGAGGAUUAGAGAAUUACCAGGCCUGUGCUACUGAUCUACAGAAAGUUAUAUCUAUUGAUCCAACUAUUUCCGAAGCCAAGAAACAACUAGAUGAAAUUACACCUUUCCUUUCUGCUGGCCAUGAAAAGCAAAGGAAGAAGAUUCUGAUAGAGGAGGAGGAUGAAGAUGAGAAAACGAACAAAUAUUCAGAAGCCACAAAUUCUAAUAAUCUAGGCCCCUCUAAUGGACAUGAAAAUGUGACUUUGUCGACCACAUCAAGAACUCCACUUACAAAACCAACCAAUGCAUAUGAGUUCAGCCAGUUAAUAAAUAGGAUAAGAGCAGACCAGGAUCUGGCUACUUGUGCUGAGCUUUUAGCCAUCACUGACCCAAAAGACUUGCCAGCGUUUCUGAGCAACAAGUUAGAAGGAGACAUUCUUCUGCUGAUUGUACGGUCAUUAAAACACAGCUUUCUUGAUAAAGAUCCACUACUGUCAUACAGACACCUCUCGUACCUGAGCAAAGCAGAACGUUUUAAGGUGGUUCUUAUGCUUCUCAGCAAUAAUGAGAAAAUUGAAAUUCGGAGUAUUUUUGAGUCUCUCUCUGAAAAACAAAUUGACGGCCUUGACUCGGACGACAUAUGGAACCUGGCAAAGGAUUAUGAACUUUAAAAUGAACAUAUAUUGCACAGCUUCCUUGAUGAGCUCAGGGAAGAUUAAACUAUGCAGUUUUGAAUAGAUGAGUCCUGAGUUUAAAAUAAUAAGCAUGAAUGUUUAAAUGUUAUUUAAAUGUAGAGGUUUUAUAUUAAAUGUAAAUCAUAUUCAAGUGUUUCUUUACCAUCAAAAACAGUUGUUUACAGUUUUUGUUAUUUGUUCUUUUUUUUUUUUUUUUUUUUUGGUGAAAGUUCAUGUGCAGAAUAAACACACUUUUUCUUGUUAGUCUUUUUGAGGCUUAAUACUGUAUUGACCCUAUUAGCCAGUCAACAAUGAACAUCUAGGUAUAAAACAUAUUUUCUCUUAGGUAUAAUUUAUGAUUCAACCCCUCUCAUCUUCAACUCUUUUUCAUGCAAACCUAUUUGAAUGCAUGUUGCUGCUGUUUCAUAUGUAUAAUAGAUUUUUUUCGAGUACAGUGACAGUGUCCAUUAAAGGUAACUAAACUAUCUGUUAAAUAUUUAUCUUCUAAUGCCAAAUAUGCGUUUCGAAUUAUUCUGUGAAUUCAAGACAUAACACUCUAUAACCACAAGCAGCACAAUCAUUUUUUAUUAUAUAUUUAUAUAGACCAUUUUCAGAUAUAAAUGUUAAAAAAAGACUAAAGGAAAUAACUUGUGUACACUUCUUGUGUCAAUCUCGGAAGAUAGAGAGCUGCUGAUUGGUGCUCAUGAACUGCACAUGCUUGCCUAUAACGCAAGUGCAUGCAUGAUGUGUAUGCUAUACCAGGGUCAACAAAUCUUUUCAAAAUUUAGGAGCCAGACAGUGAUAUUUGUACAUGGAGAAUAACCCAAAAAUUACAAGCCAGGGGUAACAUUCUAGGAGACAGUUGCUCCCUAGCUCCUGGGUUUGUAGAGCCCUGUGUUUAAUCAGUGACGGCAUACACAAUAGCUGUAUAAAACCUGCCAACCUUAAUGUUAAACAAUUUAUUUAAAAGUUUGUUAAACAUUCGAUACUAUGAUUAUAAAGCCCUAUCAUACUGGAUUACCUCGAGCUGCCAUGUACUAAGAAUUUAGUUAGUUUGAAAUAAUCCUCGAGAAGCACAGUUGCGUUCUAUUAUAUCUCCAUUAAUUACAAUUCACAGUGGUAUACAGAUAUGAUGAUGGGCUCAGCUUCUGAAAGAUUUUAAAGUGACAGUAAACUGUAAUAUUAAAUGAAAUCAUUACCUUUCCAAAAUUACAGUGAUGUAUGAUAUUAGCAGCUAACUGCACAAGUCUAUGCCGCUAUAGAAAUGCGUAGGGAGGGUGGUGCACUUGCUAUUGGCUGUACCACCUGCCUGUCAUUUGCACACACAAAAAAAAGAUUUAGCAGAGAGGUGGCUUGGGUGUGAGUAAACCAUGGGAUUAACAACGUUUUUAUUAUGCAAAACACUGUAUUUUGAGAGGUUACCUAGAUUAAUAAUUUUAUUUAAUGCAAUGAAAACAAUUUAUUACAGUUUAUUAAGGACAAAGCAAUUAACACUAAACUGUGGUUAUACUGAUGUAUAUACGCCACAGUUUGAAAGACCCAGUGAGUUCAUAGGCUGUAAACAUUUAGCCUAUGGAUUAAUAUAUUAGUUACAACACUGGUGCCCAGCUAAUGAAAAAUAGGUAAUUCUAUAACAUUUGUAAACUUGCAACUGGUUAUUUAUUUCUUUGUCUUUUCUUAGCAUAUUAAAAAUAUUUUUACAUCUUUGCACAGUUCCAAACUGUCAUAACUUUUCUGUCCUUUUUUUAAUGUUUCUUUGUGGUCCUGUACCUAGCAUGGAACUUUGCCAUAUUUUUUUUACAAUUGCUUUUCCACCUUCAAGCUGGUUGGAUAAAUAAGUUUUCUGCUGUAAAGCAAUAACUUAAGGUGUUCUGCUUACAGAAUCGUAGUCAGUUUCCCAAGAUUUGGCUGCAGUCCACAACUAUUUUUAUGACAAGUCUGAAAGCAGAACACUAUUCUGUUUUUAUUAAAAUUAUAAAAUAGACAAUUGUGAACAGCAAAACAGACAAAAACAUGGGGGGGGGAUUUAUAUAAAGGUGAAGGAUUAAUAAGACAAAUAUUAAGGCUGUGAUAGAUUCCAUUUCUCCAAAAAUAAAUGUUAAACAUUUAAUAAUGGUGUCGGAUACAGAAACAUCAUAUCUAACUUUUUUUUUUUUUAAUGACAGUUCUAUGUUAUAGAACAUUUAGUUGAAAAUCCAGUGAGUGCACUUAAAUUGGUGUUUUCGAUCUUUUGUAGCACCCUGGUUGCUGUUAUGAGAACAGUGAGCAUAUUAUUUGGCAUCUAUCUAUCCAUCUACCUACCUACUAACUAUCCAUCUACUUACCUAUCUAUCCAUCUACCUACCUAUCAUUUAUCUAUCUAUAAUCUACCUACCUAUCAUCUAUCUAUCCAUCUACCUACCUAUCCAUCUACCUACCUAUUAUCUAUCUAUCCAUCUACUUAUCUAUACAUCUACCUAUCUAUCCAUUCAUCUACCUAUCUGUCCAUCCAUCUACCUAUCUAUCCAUCUACCUGCCUGUCAUCUAUCCAUCUACCUGUCUAUCAUCUAUCUAUCCAUGUACUUACCUAUCCAUCUACCUACCAUCUAUCUAUCCAUCUACCUAUCUAUCCAUUUACCUACCUAUAAUCUAUCCAUCUACCUACCCAUCAUCUAUCUAUCCAUCUAUCUAUCUAAUGUAUGAAUAUAGACAUCCUGACAUUUUCUGACUGUAGACAUUGAUUUACUGUGAGCAGGAUUAGUAUAUACAUUGACUGGUGCACUCCAUUCCAUGGAAGCCUCAAGAGCAACUGUAAUCUUGAAAAGGCUUCACAAGUACAUAUUAACCUUUAAUAUUUCAUGCAACAAGUAUACAUUCCUUGCACAGAUAAAAACUGCACUUGUUUUAUAGCACUGGCAUAUCAUUCUGUUAGUAAAUAAUGUUUUAUGUUUCUGGGGCUCCACAUGCUGUUGUCUUGAUCUUAUUUAAAUGACUUAUGUCUGUUUUCCUUUCCAUUUUUUUGCUCUUGUAAAUAUAUAUUUCAAUACAAAAAGAUUUCUUUAUAUUUUAAAGGAAUAUUAUGAAAUAAAAAGGAUUUCCUAAAUGUACAAAUUGUUUGUUUUAUGCUUAUAGAGACAUUUUUAUUUUACAUUGUAUUAUUUCUUACCAGUAAAAAGAUACAUUUCUCAUUUGUA